GCGUAGCCUUUGCUCCUUCCUUUUGCUGAAUGUGUCAGCCAUGGCCCCGAUAAAGAAGCAGGUGGUCAGGAAGCAGGGUGGGAAGAGGAAGAAGCAGAUCCUGAAGUUCACCCUGGACUGCACUCACCCUGUAGAGGAUGGCAUCAUGGAUGCAGCCAACUUUGAGCAGUUUCUGCAGGAGCGCAUUAAGGUGAACGGCAAAGCCGGCAACCUGGGCGGAGGUGUGGUGUCCAUUGAAAGGAGCAAGAGUAAGAUUGCAGUCAACUCUGAAGUUCCCUUCUCAAAGAGGUAUCUGAAAUAUCUUACCAAGAAGUAUCUGAAGAAGAACAACCUCAGGGACUGGUUGCGGGUGGUGGCCAACACCAAGGAGAGCUACGAGCUGCGCUACUUCCAGAUCAACCAGGACGAAGAGGAGGAGGAGGAAGACUAAACCUGACACCACUUUUUAAUAAAAGUUCAAAGAGAGA